AUGGCGGACAGCUGCUGUCCUAGAGAUGCCGCGGCCAGUGCCACGGUGCCCACCAUGUCCAUAUACUCAAACGCUGGUCGCUUCCGCAGAGGGCUCUCUUUGCCCAGCUCCUGCCGGAGCAGAACAUGGCAACUGGUUACAUGCGAAAAAAACUGCCAGGCAUCCAGCCAUGCCCCAAGCGACUGCGAAGCUGCUUCUUGCCCACCUACCUGUCUUCCAGCAACUUCUUGUGUGGGUUUUGUGUGCCAACCCAUUUGCUCCUGCACGGCCUGCUAUGAACCCGGCGCUGGUCAGUCUUCUUGCCCGGUCGGCUCCAGCCAACUCUCCUGUUCGGAAGCCACCAGCUGCUGUGAAGCCAGCUCCUGCCAACAGAACUCCUGCCAGGAACCUGCCUGUGUGCCUGGGUCACGCCAGGGAGCUUGUGACCAACAAGACUGCCCGAACUCCCGCUAUGAGGUACCUCCCUGUCCUGAGAGGUCUUGCCCCACCGCUGCCUGUGGGGUGAGCCAAGCGGGUUUAGGUCAGCCCGUCAGUGGCGAAGGUCAGCCCUGCCCACCAACUUACUACCAACCCAUCUGCUACAUCCUCAAGACUUGCCAGUCAGUUGUCUCCAUGCCUGCUCCCUGCCAGCCGUCGAUGUAUGUGUUCAGUCCUUGCAACCCUACUUGUUAUAUGUCCUCCCCUUGCCAGGCGCUUCACUGCCACUCAGUCCCUUCCAUGUCCUUCAUCUGCCAGCCCGCGGUGAGCUGCCAGCCUGCAGCGAGCUGCCAGCCCCCGUGUUCUGCAAAGAACCCUUGCCAGUUAGCUUCCGAGGACCCCGGGAGUUCCGAGCGGCUGCAGAUCCCCUCCCGGCCAGCCGACUUGCUGCGUGACAGGCUUCGGCAGACCCCCUGGUGGUGGCGCCAGUGGCUUGCAACCAGCUCCUCCAAGUCUCUGCAAGAACAACCCCUGUUCGCCAGGUUCUUGCCAACCUGGUCACAAGUCCAGCGUCUGUCAGGCUACAGCUCACUGAUGGAGGACGGGCGACUCCCUGGCCUUCACGCCUCCUCCCGGGCCUGCGACAUCCGUGGAGCCCCCCUGGCGUCCACCUCUGGCCAAGCACUGCGCCGUCUGCUCGCUCACCUGUCUCUGAGUCUGGCCGCGUCCACUCCAGCUGCUGACAAGGCGCUGGUCCAGGGGCGCUGA